CAAAAAUGUAUUUUACAGCAUAACACCAUCUCCUCUCUCCGGCGCCGAUCUCAUCCGCGCUAAUUUUCACAAAGCACCGUUCAAAACCUAGCGAUAAUUUAGGGAUUUGAGGAUCAACUUUUCAGUCUCACUGUAUGAAAGUUCGGAUAUAAUUCAGCCAAAUGAGUAUCGAGUCAUUCAAUAGGUUGGUGAAACUUGCGGCAAGAGCUUUCUAUGACGACAUUACAACUAAAGGCGACAACCAGCCCAAGUCCGGUAGAAGUGAUAAUAGAGGAAUUGCAGUGGUGAUUCUUGACGCACUCACAAGGAGGCAAUGGGUGAGGGAAGAAGACUUGGCAAAGGACUUGAAGUUGCACACGAAACAAUUACGCCGCACCUUGCGGUUCUUUGAAGAAGAAAAGCUCAUCACACGGGACCAUAGGAAGGAGGGAGCAAAGGGUGCUAAAGUAUACAAUUCUGCAGUUGCAGCUACUGUUGAUGGUCUGCAGAAUGGGAAAGAAGGAGAUGACAAAAUAAAGAUGCAUACUCAUUCUUAUUGCUGCCUGGACUAUGCACAGAUAUAUGAUGUCGUGAGGUACAGACUGCACCGAAUGAAGAAAAAGUUAAGAGAUGAGCUGGAUAACAAAAACACAGUGCAGGAGUAUAUUUGUCCCAACUGUGCGAAAAGAUAUACUGCGCUGGAUGCGUUGCGGCUGGUCUCUACUGAGGAUGAGUACUUCCACUGUGAGAGUUGCAAUGGGGAACUAGUGGCAGAGAGCGACAAGCUAGCUUCUCAAGGGUCCACCGAUGGGGAUGACAAUGAUAGGAGACGCCGCCGUGAAAAGUUGGAAGACAUGCUUCAUAGGGUGGAGGCACAACUCAAACCAUUGAUGGAUCAACUUGCCAGAGUAAAAGAUUUACCUGCUCCUGAGUUUGGAAGCCUUCAAGCAUGGGAAGUGCGAGCCAACGCUGUGGCCCGUGGUGCAAAUGGAGAUAAUGGAAAUGACUCAAAGUCAGGACAAGGGCUUGGAUUUGGUGGAACACCUAUGCCGUUUGUAGGGGAGACAAAGGUUGAAGUUGCUUUCUCUGGUCUUGAAGAAAAAGGAGAUAUCAAAUCCGAGGUUUCAGUUACACCGAUGAAAGUUUUGCCUCCAUGGAUGAUAAAGGAGGGAAUGAAUCUUACAAAGGAGCAACGUGGAGAGGUCAAGCAAGAAUCAAAUAUGGAGGGUACUUCUGCUGCAGCAGGAUCAUCUGAUGACAAGAAGUCCAUAGGAUUUGAAGAUGUGAAGAAUAUACAGGAUGAAUAUAUUAAGGCAUAUUAUGAGGCUCUAUUCAAGCGGCAAAAAGAGCAAGAAGAAGCUACCAAAUUGUUGCCGGAAACAUCAACUACAGAUGGAGUAUAUAACCCCUCUACUGAGCGCCAAGUUGGCAUGAAAUCCAAACGUGAAGAGGAGGACGAAGGAGAGGAUGUUGAAUGGGAGGAGGCCCCACCUGCAGGUAAUACUACAACUGGAAAUCUCAAGGUAGACUUGAAUGUUCAAGCAGAUGCUUCGGAGGAUGACAACGAUGAAGAAGAUGACAUAGACUGGGAAGAAGGUUGAUGGUCAAAAGUAAUUUAACAUACACUGGGAAGAAGGUUGAUGGUCAAAGUAAUUUUUAAGCUGCAAAAUACAAAUGCAGACUGCCUGAAGUCUACAUGCAUGUUUGUAGCUUUGUGAAGAGUACCAUCGUCAUCCUGACAUGGGGGUCGUUUGGUUAAAAGAAACUAAGCUAUGUACGAAUUGUGUAAUACAAGGACAAAUAACGCAUUAUUUUUAUUGAGUGUUUUUUUUGGGCACUGAAAAUGGGAUAUGCAAGGUAAAAUCAAAAUUUGGGUUUUACUUUUUUUUUUUAUUAUAAAUAUAAUAGAAUCUAAAAGAGUACUGAUGAUGGAUUUGAGGAAAA